UAAAUGCUUGCACUGAGCAAUCCCACCUACCUUCUCCAAAAAGGCCACCUUUCCAUCCUCCCCCUUCUCCUCCCCACAAUGCCACCCCUUCCGCCGCCGCACCAUGUCCACUUCCGCCGGCGCCUCCUCCUCCUCCCUCUUCUCCUCCCUCACUCUCCCGCUCGUCGUCGCCCUCUCCCUACUGCUCCUCUCCGCCGUCCUCCUCGCCUCCUGCCUUUGCCUCCGCAGCCGCCACCGCAGCAUCCCAAACCCUCGCCCCCUCCCUCCCUCCUCGGACUCCCUCGUCCUUCCCCGCAUAAUCUUCGUCGCAGAGGACGACGACGACGACGGAGGCAAUAACGACGGCGGCCGAGCGUCCGGGCUCGAACAGGCGGUCAUCAGCUCUUACCCUAAGUUCCCCUUCGCGGCCGCUAAGGGCGGCGAUCCCGUCUGCUCGAUUUGCCUCUGCGAGUACCGGGAGGGGGAGAUGCUCCGCAUGUUGCCCGACUGCCGCCACUACUUCCAUCUCAUCUGCGUCGAUGUGUGGCUCCGGCUCAACGCCUCGUGCCCGGUCUGUCGGACGUCGCCGUUGCCCACGCCGGUGUCGACUCCCAUAUCGACGCCGCUGUCUGAACUUGUUCCGUUCUCGCAAUUCGCAGCUGACCGAAGGAGGACUUAAACUGGAAGAAUAAUGGUGGAUUGAUCCGGUGAGUCGUUUGCCCCUAAAAUUGUUUUACUGAACCUUGUUUUUCUAUUUGUGAAAAAGAUCAAUUUUUUGAGCUAUAGAUCGAAUGUGCCUGUAGCUACAUAUCGCAUGCUUGUUAUUUGCGUUAGUGAUCUAAAAGUAUCGGAGUAUAGAUUGGAUAUAGGCAGUCUAAUUUUGAUAUAUAAGCAAAUAGCUUGAUAGUGCAUGAUAUUCACUUUAUGUUUGCUUGGUGCAAGCUAGAGUGAAAUUUGAAGGAGUCAAGUUCUUCAAGCUAUAUCGAUAUUUUAAACUUUAAUCAGUAGUUGCUGCAAAAAUACUCUGUAGUAUGUUCAUGAAGUUGGGGGUGUUAUAUAUAUGCUCCUCAGUCGUAUGGAGUUGAUUGAAUGGAUCCAAUUGUAGUUCGAGCUUAUCGCAAUAACUUAAUAAUAGUCAUGCACCAAGUUACCUAUCUCUGAGUAUGAAGUUUAGGAAAUUAUUACGGGAAAUCUUGUAAACCCAAUUAACAUAAUAGCUUUUGAGUGUGGUAAUCGGUUGGCUUUGUGGGAAUACAAUCAAAGUCUCUUAUUGGAAAGACAUAGAAAAGAUCAUGAGUUUAAAAGGAUGAAGAUAUCUCCAUUGGUAUAAGGCCUUUUUGGUAUAACCCCAAAACAAAACCACUAUCAUAAGGUCUAACCGCCGAUUGUGUAUAAGAGCUAUAGUCUAAUUGAGCCAUGUGAAUAGAAUAUUGACCUCAAACAAAGGAAGUGGGAGCUCACGUGUCUGGAUCAAGAGAACCAGACAUUAGGUAGGAAGUCAUGGUGUACAGCCAGGCAGAGAAGCCCUAGUUGUCAUUAGACAAGGAAGUCCUAGUAGGUCGAUUAAACUGAAGGGCAGGAAGACCUGGUGGAUCGAUGAUCGGACGUCAAAUAGAUAGACUUUCUGCUUGAGGGGGCGUCAUUUGUUUGAGGGGGAAGUCCUAGUAGGUUAAUUGGAUUGAUGGGCAAGGGAGAUUGUUAGGGUUGUAAGAUUACAAACAAAGUUCCAUAUUGAAAACACAUAGGAAAGAUCGUAGGUUUAUAAAGGAAAGAUAUCUCUAUUGGUACGAGGUAUUUUGUGUAAAACCUAAAAACAAAACCAUGAGGGUUUAGAUUUAAAGUGGACGAUAUCAUACCAUUGUGGAGAUAUUUAAAUUUCUUCUGUCCUAACAAUUGGUAUGAAACCUUUUGGGUAAAGCCCAAAAAUAAAAAUCAUGAGGAUUUAUGCUCAAAGUGGAUAAUAUCAUACUAUUGUAGAGAUAUUUAAAUUCCUUCGAUCCUAACAAGUGGUAGCAGAGCAGGGUUGCUCUUCACCGAACUAACCACCGGAAGAAACACGAGU